AUGUUAAAAACUCUGAUGUUCCAUGAAUUAGACGCCGCAACAUUUCCUGUCAAAAGAAAGAAAAUUGACGAAGCAUCUAUUCGUGUACGCGAUCAAGAUUUGAAAGUGUAUGCAAUUAAAGCUGCCAUAAAUCAAUGGAGCAACGAUUUUCCUGACGAAACAAGUGGAGAAGGAACUGACACAGAUGAAGAACUAUUUUCAGAGAAAAAAACAUUUAUUCGUAAAAAACAAGAUAUUUUAGAAGAUAAUGAACAUGGUUACGCAAAAAGUCGUACGACCCCCAGAAUUCUAACUUCUGAGGCCAUCUCAAACUUGUUGGGGAUAGAUAUACCUGAUGAGUUUUCGAAAACGAUCCAAGAACAUAAAAAAUUAAAACUAUCGUCGGCUCAUCUAGAAAUUAUUAAACAAAGACAUAUUAUUAAGGUAUCAGAAAAGCGGACAAAACAACAGAGCGAUGAUAAAUCGGACUAUGAAAAACGCAAUUUUAUGGUACCAGAGACUGUUAUACAGUAUGUUAAGACAAUCAAUCCGUACUGCAGUUUAUAA